AUGUACUUUAGGGGGAAGAAACAAUUAAAAGUUUGCUUUAUCAUCUCCAUUGUGCUUGUGGCAUUGGCUGUGCUGCAGAGAAACAGCAACACAAACCAGGAGUUGCGGAGUAUCUCCCAGAGGUCCAGCUCUCCAGGGGGCAGACGGGUUGUCAAUCUUUUGAACUUCUUCACGCUGAUGGACAACUCCUUGAGUCCGAAUAAAACAGAGACAACUGCCACAGAGACAAAAUCAGUAACAAGGAGGAAAACCAAACAAUGGGAUGUAACAGCUGUCAACUGUACUCCCAGCAACGUCACUCGCACUGAGUGGAUGAAUGGCUUGGAACCAAACUUCGAACAGUUCUUACGAUACAGACACUGCAGGUAUUUUCCAAUGAUUCUCAAUCAUCCUGAGAAAUGCAGCAGCAACAUCUACCUUUUGAUCAUUGUUAAAUCCAUCAUAACACAGUAUGAUCGAAGAGAAGUGAUCAGGAAAACGUGGGGCAAAGAAAUGGAGCUGGAUGGGAAGCAAAUUAAAACAUUGUUUCUUUUGGGCACUUCAUCCAUUGAAAAUGAAAAGCUGCAUCAUCAAAAGCUCUUGGAAUAUGAAAACAUAAUUUAUAAGGAUAUUCUCCAGUGGGACUUUAUGGACACUUUCUUCAAUCUUACCUUGAAAGAGGUUAAUUUUCUCAAAUGGUUUUCUACUUACUGUGAGAAUGUUGAGUAUAUAUUUAAAGGAGAUGAUGAUGUGUUUGUGAGCACAAAGAAUGUUCUUGAGUUUCUUCAUGCACCCAACUUUCAGAAUCUUUUUGUAGGUGAUGUAUUGUACAAGGCCAAGCCAAUUAGAAGGAAGGAAAAUAAAUAUUACAUACCUGAAGGAUUAUACAAUAAAACUUACUAUCCACCAUACGUAGGAGGUGGUGGAUUUUUGAUGGCUGGUUCACUGGCAAGGAGAUUACAUAAAGUGUCAGAAAGUUUAGACCUGUACCCAAUUGAUGACGUUUUCUUGGGGAUGUGCCUGGAACUGUUGGGAAUAACUCCUAUACAUCACUGUGGCUUUAAGACCUUUGGACUUGUGAAGAACAAAAACAGUAAGAUGAAUAAAGAGCCUUGUUUUUACAAAAGCAUGUUGGUGGUGCACAAAUUUCUGCCAACAGAGCUUCUAAAAAUGUGGAAAUUAGUUCAUAGCAGCAUUAGUUGUUCAAAGAAAAUUAAAGUACUGUAGGUAUGUCACCAAAACUGUU